AAUUAGGAGACAUUUAGUCCAUCUUGUGUAUUUGUAUAAAGGAAAUAUCUGAAAGUUGCAGUUUAUCGUAACCGCCAGACCAUUGACACGCUUAUCACGCAGGGAGAUAUCAGAGAAAAAUGGAUCAUCUUCUUCCAGAAAUCACAGAGGAUAUCCUUUCAAGGUUGCCCAUUAAAUCUCUCGUUCGCUUCCAAAGUGCAUCCAAAACAUGGUACGCUCUGAUCUCCGAUUCUUACUUUGGUAAUCUUCACUUCAGUCGAUUAUCCAAGAAUCCUAAACUCCUUAUAUUCAAUGGCUUUGGCUUCAAAUCCUUAGCUUGCGAAACACCACUUAACGAUAGCGGUGCAUUAGUAGAUCUCGCAUUUCCUGGCGAAAGACAUGACUGGCUUCCCGAAAUUAUUGGUUCAAGCCAUGGAUUAAUUUGUAUAACAACUGAUCGUUGUGAACGAUUCUAUGUAUGGAAUCCGUCUACCGGGAGUUGUAGAAGAAUUCCAAAUCUUGGCUAUCCGAUAAACGGGUGUACUGAUUAUCUACAUGGGUUUGGUUAUGAUUCUUCUUCUAAUGAGUUCAAGGUUGUUGUAUCAUUAACUCGUAGUACAAUUAAUCAAAAAACUAUUUAUAAUGUUUUCUCUUCGAAAACAAAUUCCUGGAAAAAGAUUGUAUACCCUUAUCGUCAGGAAUAUUACCUUCCUUAUUGCAGUCCAAAUUUAUAUGCAAGCCUUGGAACUUAUACUAAUGGAGCUCUACAUUGGCUAGUGACUAAAAUAUCCCCGAUGGAUAGAACAAGACUUGAUAAUCAAAUUAUUGCUUUUGAUUUAGCAAAUGAAAAAUUCCGGAAGGUGCCAAUUCCAGUGAAGUUUAGACUUUAUGAAUACAUAUGUAAGUUGCAUAAACCUGGUGGAGCAUGGAGGAUUCCUUUGUAUUGCAGUUUCGCCUCUUCCAGAUUACCGUAAGAUAGUAAUGUGGAAGAUGAUGGACUAUGGAGUGAAGAAAUCUUGGACUAAAUGGCUCACUGUUCGGCGAUUCAACUAUGCUAAACCACUUUAUAUUUCUAGUUCCGAUGAAGUUGUAAUGCUUGCUAAUAAUAGAUUUUACAAGUACAACAAGAAGAACAAGGAGAAGUCAGAAAUCAGUGUAAACCCAUAUAUCUUUCGUGCAGCUACUCUGUUUGUUGACUCUAUAAUCUCACCCGGAGGCGAAGAAUAUGAUUGGCAGAGCCAAAAUCAAAAGCCAAGCACAAAAAGGAAACGCUUUGGCUGAAUUUAUUCUCCAGGAUGAUUUUGCUUCUGGGAACUUGGGAGUUUAAACAUCAAGAGCUUGUCGGUUUGUUUCUUUCCCUGCUCAUCUUUAUUGUACUCUGCAUUUCUAGAAUAUUAAUGUUUUGUUUCUGUUAUAUAAUAACUGCCCCCUGAACUCCAAGUUUAUGUAUGGGCAGAUUCAUAUUAGGACUCUGUUGCUAGUUAAUUUAUAUUCAUCGUUGUGUUGUACUCAUGAGGGAUAUUUUGUGCUUUUAGUUACUUGUUUCUGCAAAUUUAUGAAAUCCUUGGAUUGUGAAACA